AUGUUUGAGCAAGAGUCUUACAGUGUUAAAAUAAGUGAUGCAAGUAAAUUUGUAAAUAUGGAUGAAACACAUAUUGAAGAAAUAUACGAAAAUGAGAAUAUAACGAAUGUUGGAGAAAUAUAUGAAAUGGAAAUAAAAAAAAAUGAUGAAUUAGAAGAACAAAAGUAUUCAUUAUUAUUAUCUAUUUCUUAUGCAUUAAUGGCUAUAAUAUCAGAAGCUCCUUAUUUUAUAAUAAUAUCAAUGGCCGAUUUUUUUAAAAGUGCAUUUAAUGUAAGUGACGUUAUGAUAAAUGAAUUUGCUGUAAUGGAAAGUAUAAUUGUAAUUAUUUUAUGUGUUUUAUUACAUUUAAUUGGUAGCUAUAGAUUGAAAUGGAAUUUAUAUCAACCUUUGUUAACUGUAUUUGUUCUAGGAAUAUUAUAUUUAGUUAUUUUUUUUAGACGUGAUUACAUAGGGCAUAAAAUUAUAAUAUUUAGUUCAAUUCCAUUAGGUAUUAUUUUGUGUAUAGCUAAAAUGACUACUAUUAAAAUAUGUGUUUUGUUUAAAAGGCCAUACUGUAGUGCUUAUGUGUGUGGAUUGUCACUUUCCGGAUUUUUAGUUUUUUUAUUAUAUAUAUUGGGUGCCUAUGUAUUAUUUCCUGACGAUGAAAAUAAAUUUUGUAACAUGUUUUCUUUAUUUUGCGGAACAAUUUCUGUUCUAUCAAUUAUAUGUUUUUUGAUAUUAUUUAAAAUAUAUAAUAUGCCUUUUGCAAAAAGAUUAGAAGAAAAAUAUAGAGAUAAAGGUCUUUUUAUAAACAAAAAUAUUUUAGCUGAAUCCUUCCGCUCUUUAAACAUAAUUUGGAAGUAUAUGAUUGCAGCUUUUCUUACGAAUUUUUUAACUUAUCAAAUAUAUCCCUCUAUAUUCCCAACAAGUAUAGAUAUACAAAAAGAAUCAAAGGGACUUUUAUCAGGAGUAUUGUUAUUUGGAGAUUCUUCAGCUCGUCUUAUAGUUCACAAUUUAAGCAGCUAUUUUAUUAAGAUAUCCUUUUUAUCAUAUUCAUUUGUUAAAAUUUUUAGAUUUACAUUACUACCUAUAUUUGUACUUAUUGUUAUAUAUAAACAUUAUAUUCUCAGUAAUCUCAUUUUUUUAAUUUCUUUAGCAUAUAUUUUUGGUUUUACAAAUGGAUUAAUUAGUAAUGCUAUUUUUUUAAAACUACCCAAAGUAUGCAACAAAAAAAAUAAAAAGGAAUAUCUUCAAUUAGUUCCAAAUAUAGUUUAUUUAUCUCUUUUACUAGGUACUACAAUUGGAUGCUUAACAUCAAAAAUAUAUAUGAAAAUUUUGCCAAUUAUUUAA